AUGUCUACCUCUGUGGCCUCCAAAGCCCUCGGCUCCGUCGUCUCUCUAGGCCUCGCCUCUGCCGUCGCCACGUACGUCUACGGCCAGCUGCACACCGAGUCCAAGACAUUGGACCGCGUCUUUUCCGCCUACAACACCCCCGAGAGCGAGGCGUCCCGUCAGCGCGUCUUUGACGGCGCCAUCGAGGACCCGCGGAACAACCUGCUCAACUUUUUGAGCUGGAAGAAAUAG